GUAGCUGUAAAAAGAUUAUCAAAAAGAUCCGGGCAAGGUUGGGAGGAGCUAAAAAAUGAAGCAAUGCUCAUAGCCAAGCUUCAACACAGGAAUCUUGUUAGACUUCUGGGCUGCUGCAUUGAACGAGAUGAAAAAAUACUAAUUUAUGAGUAUAUGCUCAAUAAAAGCUUGGAUUUCUUCCUUUUUGAUCAAGAGAAGCGUAGGAUAUUAAAUUGGAGGACUCGUGUUAGAGUUAUUGAAGGAAUUGCUCAAGGACUUCUUUAUCUUCAUCAGUAUUCCAGAUUAAGGAUUAUUCAUAGGGACUUGAAGCCAAGCAAUAUUUUGUUGGACAUAGACAUGAAUCCCAAGAUAUCAGAUUUCGGGAUGGCAAGAAUAUUUGGCGGAAAUGAGUCGCAAGCAAAUACAAAUAGGAUUGUUGGCACUUAUGGUUAUAUGUCCCCUGAAUAUGCUUUGGAAGGCCUCUUUUCAAUCAAAUCCGAUGUUUUUAGUUUUGGCGUAUUAUUGUUGGAAAUUGUGAGUGGCAAGAAGAAUACUGGUUUUUAUCAACAUGACUGUCUUCAUCUUAUUGGAUAUGCAUGGGAAUUAUGGACAAAUGAUAGGGGAUCAGAUUUGGUGGAUCCACUACUUGAUGAUAUAUCCUCUAUGCAGAUGGUAUUAAGAUAUGUUAACAUAGCUCUCCUUUGUGUUCAAGAAAGUGCAGAUGAUAGACCGACCAUGUCUGACGUUGUUCCUAUGCUUAGCAAUGAAAGUGUAGUUCUACCUUAUCCCAAAGAACCUGCUUUCUUGAAUGUGAGAAGUAUGUCAAAGGCAAACCCAGUGAACAACAAGCCACAAAUAUGUUCUCUGAAUGGUGCAACGAUUUCAACUAUGGAAGGCCGGUAA